AGCCCCGCCCGCCGCAGCUCCCGCCGCUGAGUUUGCUCCGGUCCCUCAAUUGUUUCGCUCUCACAAGAACUUUGUUUACAGUCCCUUGUGCAGCGGGCGGCAUCCCCCUCUUAUACGUGCUCCGGGCUGGUGUUCGCUGCAGUCCCGCCCGGCACUCGGGAGGAAACUUCCAUGCUAGAAUAUUGUUACCUCCAGUUCAGCAACAUCUGAACACUUCACAGCCUGGAGCAGCACUUACUGCUGCAUGACUUCCCCCUUGAAUUGACAUACGAGACAUCUCAAGCCAUCUUCCUCUGCUUACUGAGCCAAGGGAUUUGUUCGGAUGGAUUUCUCCUGGACCUGUGCGCCAUGUGCUCUGCAGUGCCUGCUCUAGCCUAAGAACUGACGGAGUCAAGGCAAUCAAGAUGACAAACGAACCUAUUAAAGAGAUUCUGGGCGCUCCAAAGCAUCCUGGUACUGUAACCAUGGAGAAGUGUAAUAACAAUGACUGUGUGAUAACCACCAUCCCUCUUGUCAGUGAGUGCCAGCUGACCGCAGCAACAGGGGGAGCAGAACUCUCCUGUUACCGCUGUACCAUUCCCUUUGGGGUGGUUAUCCUCAUAGCUGGCAUCGUGGUUACUGCUGUGGCAUACAGCUUUAAUUCUCAUGGAUCGAUCAUCUCGGUGUUUGGAUUAGUCCUUUUGUCAUCAGGACUCCUUUUGCUGGCUUCUAGUGCAGUGUGCUGGAAAAUCAGGCAGCAAAACAAAAAAGCAAAGAGGCGGGAGAGCCAGACAGCACUUGUGGCAAAUCAGAGAACCUUGUUUGGUUAAAGCCAACCAGGAGAAGACUGGACAGAAGGCAGAACCUUUUGGAAUUUUGCAGGCUGCCGAGGAGAGAAUUGCAGGGACUGUAGAGAUGCAGGGAUUUGCACUACACACAUGGAGCAGCUCAGCCCCAUCAUUCCCAGUCUGUUGUCCUCUGCAGAAGUCUUUCCCAUGCGCGGGUCCUCCCUUCGCCAUUGCUGCGAUAGAGGCAAGCUUGCAUACGGCGUGCGGAAGGGAAGCAGAGGUGCAAGGUGAGCCUCUGCUCCAAGUCAAAAGAAAAGGCUGAACUCAGUGGAACAGAGGCAAUGGCUUUUGUGGAGCAUUUUUUUCCAGGGAAAGUAUAUAUGAGUCAGAGUUGCUCUGAUACUGCUAGAGAUUUCCCUUAUCUAUCUCUACUCUGUUUUAUAUUUGCCCUGAACGUACAAGGACGCAGCACAGUGCCUGCACUACCCUCUGCCUUGCUAAGUGUGGGCAUCCAGGCAUUAAGCAGCAUGUGAGCAGUGACAGCCAGCCUUGUGCUGACCCUAGGAGUGAUGCCCUAGCAAGCAAAGUUUCAGCUACUGCAUGGUCCCAGGAUACCAGCUAGCAGACAGGUUGAGAGGCCUCUAGGUAAUACAGGGCUGCCACAGCACAAACUGCUGAGCUCAGCAGCAUCAGCUCUAUCCUGGUGGUACAACAUAUGUGCACAAGCCUCUCAGUAUCAACCAGUGAGUGAAGUCUGUGCAAGAAUUCACUUUUGUUCGUCCUUUACUCAGAAAAGCAAAAUGUUAACUUUAUGGGGAAAAAUCCAAGCACUUGGUCUUGGCAUCCUGCAGGAGCAAGGCAGAGGUUGUGAACAGUUUAGUCAGAGACCUUAUGCUGUUGAAGACGUUUUCAUAUGUUUCACUGCUGAAUUGCCACAAGGCCUUAGAAACUGGCACAGACUUCACCACCAUGAUUUGUGUGCAUUGAUUUUGGGACAGCCUGAAGUAGCAGUAGCUUCUUUUCUGAAUGACCAGUGAUGACAUCCAACACAAGUCUUAUAGUCUAUGUUUUUCAUUCCUGCAAAUCUACAUAUUACGGACUUUUUCAUUACUAUCCUCUUUCCCUGUGCCCCUGGUGCUGGUUCCAACACAGGAACAAUACCUUCUUCUUAGCCCUUAAACCUCGAGUUGUUCUGAGGGAGGCGUUACACGAGUACAGUGUGGCAGGUUUGGCACCUUCAUUUUCCAGAAACCGGUGAUUUUGUUAGAUCUGAAAUGUUUUUUACAAGGGCACAUCUGCAGUGCUUUUUACAAGGGUCAACCUCGUCAAACUGGUCAGCUACAAACAGCAGAAUUUCAGCUUCAGUUUCUGAACCCCAUGACUGGAUUGAUUUGGGGUUUCAUGCUUGGAUGCUGGGCCAGGCAACCCAGCAAGUCUUUGCUACAAAGCCAUAUGGAACUCCAGAACUGCUGUUUGGUGUUUCUCAUGGGAACCUGAGCGGCAGAAGUCAGCCUGGAGGAUGCAACCCUGUGGAGAUCACAAUGACUUUCCAGCUCAGAAACACCUUCCCUUCUGAUGCGAAAACGCUUUGAAUGCGACAAAUGGUAUUUCAGUUCUGGGAGAGGUUGGGUGGGAGCUGAUGCAAAUUUUAUUGUCACAAUUGCUUGUCUCUCCCUUCCUGAAAGCUCUGGCAGCAUUGCACAAGCAAAAUUGCCCUCACAAGGAUAGAAAAUUAUCUAAUAGGGGAAUUGCGCUGGUGCACCGGGCAAACGUUACGGUGAUCUUAAAUAAUAAUUUCAAACCCUAAGCACAGGAAAUUGUGUCUGUAACUACACCCUGUAUUGCUAUUGUACACAAAGGCAGUUAUAGCCCGGGACAGUAUUUAAAAUAAUAAUCAGUUUAGGAUGACAAUGCUUAGUAUUUGUUCAAGUCUAAAUGCCCAAUUUACGAUUCCCCAGUCACCAACGUGAUGUGACUUGUACGUGAUCGUGGGUCUAAUACCAGAAUUUGCAAAGAAACUAAAGAAAGAGAGAGAGAAAGGGUAGAUUCAUGGACUUGUGUUCAAGAAUUAUGUUCCUCUGCCUUGGACACUCGGGAGAGCUCCUGUUACCAAACAACGAAUGUACAACAUUACUGCAGCUCAACAGAACAGGAACUGGGCUCAGAGUACGGAAUGAAGAAAGGCUUGAGAGUCUCAUCAGGAUCCGGAAGGGUCAGGCCAGGAACAAGCCCUCUGGAAUAUCCCGUAUUCUUGCCUCAGCUUUGCUUAUCCGGAGCCAAAGUCCAGGGCUAAUGCUCCUUUAAUCUGAUGUGGAGGUUGUUGCAUAUUAUUAGUAGGUUUCACCUGAUUUGUUUUUACAAUGGGCUCUGAAAUAAGAACAGAACAAUAUUGGCAGCCAUCUUUUUGCAUAUGUAUUUCCAAUACCUCUGAUGCCUGUAAGCUGUAGGGAAUUUUUAGCUAUAUCAGUAUAAAUCUUUGUCAAUUACAAAGGGCUUUGAUAUGUAAAAGUACAUUAACAUACCAAGAAUUGCACUGUAUGAUGUGAAACAUUAUAUAAAUCCUGGAAAAGUUC